AUGACAGUUUUUCUGGAACCAGCAUCCAAAGAUCCUCCAGAAUUAAAUGAGCCAGUGGCAGCUCUCUUGCAGUUGAACUAUGAUACUUUCGGUUUCCAUAACAUACCAGAGAACUUCGACGUGCGCGGGCGGCCGCUGAGCCAGGCGACGCACUGGUCGUCUCCCGAGGCGUUCGGGCCGCGCGCCUACUUCCGCACCGUGUCGGAGCCGGCGCAGCUGGUGCUGGAGGACGUGCGCCUGCGCGACGAGGGCGUCUACCGCUGCCGCGUCGACUUCCGCAACACGCCCACCCGCUCCGCCAGGUUCAACCUCACCGUCAUAGUGCUGCCCGAGGCGCCGCAGGUGCUGGACCGGCUGGGCCGCCGCCUCAACACGACGCUGGGCCCGCUGCUCGAGGGCGACGACAUCGUGCUCACGUGCCGCGUGCUCGGCGGGAAGCCGGAGCCGUCGGUGCGCUGGCUACUGGACGGCGAGGUGGUGGACGCCGACUGCGAGCGGCGCGUCGCGGGCGUCGUGGAGAACCGGCUGGCGUUCCGCGGCGUGGCGCGCCGACACCUGGGCGCCGUCUUCUCCUGCCAGGCGCGCAACACGCCGCUCGUCGAGCCGCGCCGCGUCGCCCUCACGCUCGACCUGCACCUGCGUCCGCUGUGGGUGCGCGUGCUGGACCGGCCCGGGCAGCUGGUGGCGGGCCGCCGCUACGCGGUGCGCUGCGAGACGGCGGGGUCGCGGCCGCCGGCGGUGCUCACCUGGUACAAGGCGUCGCGCCCGCUGCGCAGGACCAAGGAGGAGACGGCGGAGAACACGACGGUGAGCGAGCUGACGCUGGUGGCCGCCACGGACGACGACGGCAAGGUGGUCACGUGCCGCGCAGAGAACCCCAACGUCACCGGCGCCUACCUCGAGACCAGCUUCACGCUCACCGUCGUCUAUCCACCUAUAGUGUCGCUCCUCCUGGGAUCCACACUGAACGCGGACGACAUCAAGGAGGGCGACGACGUCUACUUCGAGUGCCAAGUGAGGGCCAAUCCACCGUGGCGUAGACUCUCCUGGCUGCACAACGACGUGCCGCUCGCGCACAACCCGGCCGAGCGCGUCAUCCGCAGCAAUCAGAGCCUCGUGCUGCAGAAGGUCAGCCGCCAGAACGCCGGACGCUACGUCUGUGUCGCCUCCAACGGAGAGGGCGAGACUCCAUCCAACGUCCUCACUCUCAGAGUCAAGUACGCGCCGCGUUGCUCCGAGGAGCGGGCAGUGGUGGUGGGCGCGUCGCGCUCAGAGACGCUGGACGUGUGGUGCCGCGUGCAGAGCGACCCGCCGGCGCGCACCUUCCGCUGGAAGUUCAACAACUCGGGCGAGACGAUGGAGGUGGACAGCAAGCACUUCGCCAGCAACGGCAGCCUGUCACUGCUGCGCUACACGGUGCGCUCCGACCUCGACUACGGCACGCUGCUCUGCUGGUCCGACAACGCCGUCGGCGCGCAGGCCGCGCCCUGCGUCUUUCAGGUAGUGGCCGCAGGCCGGCCGUUCCCGGUGCGCAACUGCUCGCUGUGGAACCAGACGGCGUCCUCCGUGGAGGUGGUGUGCCAGCCGGGCUUCGACGGCGGCCUGCCGCAGCACUUCGUGCUGGAGCUACACGCCGCGCCCGCCUCCAGAGCCGGCGGCGCUUCCAGCUCCAGCGGCGGCGCGCGCCUCAACCUCACCACCAGCGACUUCCCCUCCUUCGUGCUCACCGACCUCGAGCCCGACCUGACCUUCUGGGCUGCCAUCUAUGCAGUCAACGCCAAGGGCCGCAGCGUGCCAGUGCUCAUCGAGGAGAUCACCUCCAGGGACGCAGAGCGCAGGACAGGUUGGUGUUACCUAUUGUUGUCAGCACCAUUGAGGAGAUCACCUCCAGGGACGCGGAGCGCAGGACACGUUGGUGUUACCUAUUGUUGUCAGCACCAUCGAGGAGAUCAUCUCCAGGGAUGCGGAGCGCAGGACAGGUUGGUGUUACCUAUUGUCGUCAGCACCAUUGAGGAGAUCACCUCCAGGGAUGUGGAGCGCAGGACAGCACCAUCGAGGAGAUCAUCUCCAGGGAUGCGGAGCACAGGACAGGUUGGUGUUACCUAUUGUUGUCAUCACCAUCGAGGAGAUCACCUCCAGGGACGCGGAGCGCAGGACAGGUUGGUGUUACCUAUUGUUGUCAGCACCAUCGAGGAGAUCACCUCCAGGGACGCGGAGCGCAGGACAGCACCAUUGAGGAGAUCACCACCAGGGACGCGGAGUGCAGGACAGGUUGGUGUUACCUAUUGUUGUCAGCACCAUCGAGGAGAUCAUCUCCAGGGAUGCGGAGCACAGGACAGGUUGGUGUUACCUAUUGUCGUCAGCACCAUCGAGGUGAUCACCUCCAGGGAUGCGGAGCGCAGGACAGGUGACGAGUCGCUGUCGGCGGCGCCAGUGAUGGGCGCCGUGCUGGGGGUGUCCCUGACGCUGCUGGCCGUCGCCCUGGGGGCGGCCGCGACGCUCAGCCGGCGAUCCAGGAGGCGCCGCCACCUGCCUGGCGGAGGGCUGCGAGCGUCGGGCGACCGCGUGCCGCUGUCCGCGCCGUCGCUUGGCAACGGCAGCGUGGUGUCACCGGCUCUGGCGGGCAGCCUGGUGUCGCCGCCGGCCAGCAAGCUGCCCACGCCGCAGGGCUCCCUCACUCUGGUCUCGCCGCAGGGCCCGCUCGACGCGGCCAGCAUGCUCACUCCGCUGGGCUCAGCGCUCUGGCCCAGGACAGUCUCACCGCCACCUGUAACGGUGUCCGGCCCGGUGCUGAGCGUGGGCGGCGUGCUGCCGUGGGAGGCGCGCUCGCGGCCGCCGCCCCCGGGGCCCGCCGUGGCGGACAUCGAGCUCAACGGGCGGGCCAUCAAGGAGCGCCUCAUGGCCAGCCGCCUGCCAGAGAGCUGCGUAUGA